CCACGACUACCACACAUUUGUCCAUAUAAUUAUGGAAAAGUAAGGUUAUAUAAGUCAGUAAAUCUUUGUUCAGUAACUGCCAUCGAACUCGCUUUCUGAUUGGUGAUUUUCACCUAUUGAUGGUGGUACUUGAAAUAAACUCCUCCGGCGUAUUUAGCACUCGGCGUUUAUUUAAAGCUUUAGAAAAACGAGUAGGGGAAUGGGACGAGUAUCGCUAUGCAAGGGCUGCUGGGAUUGUCAAUUUUGGUUGUCAUUUUGGGAUAACUGUGUCAUAGAAUCACCAACGCACAUUACCAUCGAUGAGUCAUUAUUGAACAACGUCUGAUAUUAGUCGAGUAGAGUCAAAUCUAUAUUAUUGUCUCGCUUCAAAGGACGUUAAGAAGCGUUUAUGGUCAAUUUCUUUGGAUCUUUUAUAAUGCUAAGGUCGACCACUUAUAACACAAAAUAUUUCUUCAUUAGAACCAAUUAGAGUCUUGCGAGAUGCAAGAGAUGAUUAAUCACGUGCUAUAAAAUCACUCAAACAGAAACUAGAAUAAAAGCUUUUGAAUUCGAUGUAUUAUUCAAAUUUACUGCGAAUAAUUAAUUUUGUAGUGUCAACAAUAGCGCGUAGCCACUUUUUGUUGAUAAAAAAGCGAUUGGACCUCUUAAUUUCUUUUGACGAACGACGAAGUAAUAUUUCUGGAGCCUUCGUAGCUACUAAGACACCUCGUAGACAUUUUCCUUUGGAAUUCAAUAUUUUUUGCUACGAAAAGGUUGUCGUCUCGCGAGUGAAUCUAUUAAAYUCGGAAAGAUUCUCGUAAUUUGUGUGAAACUGUUUUUGAAAUUUUAAAAGAGAAAUGGAUUUUGCAGCGAGGAGUAUUCGUCGAAUCCGUCCAUCUCACCACCGACAAAGUCGUCGUCUUCCACCUCCAGAAAAUCCAUCCAAAUGCAUCAAGUUCACCUUAUUCUUCCUAAACGUGAUGUUUUGGCUAAUAGGCGCCUUGAUCUUAUGCAUCGGGGCUUACCUAAUGACAGAACUAGGAGAUAUCAUCGGCGGCUUUAACGAUAUUUUGUAUCAGCCGGCAAUAAUCAUUGCCGUUUUUGGAGCUAUAUUGUUUAUCAUUACAUUCUUUGGUUGCAUUGGUUCUCUUCGCGAGAAUAUUUGCCUUCUUGCGUUCUACGGAGGCUGCGUGGCUUUCAUUCUUUUGGCUCUACUGACGGUUGGUGUUACUGCAUACAUACUUAGAGGGCCAUUGGAGGAAGCAAUCGAUGACAAGCUUCGUAAAGCGAUAGUAUUUUACCGCGACGAAAAGAAACAAGAUCUCCACUUUUUGAUCGAUACGACUCAAACCGAAAUGGAAUGCUGUGGUUCACGCCACUAUACAGACUGGCAACUCAACCAGUAUUUCAACUGCUCGUCCCCAGCACUUGAAAGAUGUGGUGUGCCAUUCUCCUGUUGUAAGAAAGAUUUACAAACGAACAGGCAAUGUGGAUAUAUCGAUAAAUUAUCAGCAGUUGAUCGAGARAAAAGCAUAAACACUGAAGGCUGUUUGGACAAAGGAAUUUUUUGGAUCCAGGAUAACGGUUAUAUCAUUGCGGCCGCGUGUGGAACACUGUUAUUUCUARUCCUAAUGACUACUUGCAUGGCGUUUUCAUUUCGAAGCCAGGUAAAAGAAGUUCAAAAGUAUAAUAAGAACUACAAGAAUCGUUCGWGGUUCAAUCCACGUACUUGAUAAGAAUUAUACAUAGGAAGGUCGGUGGUUGACUCUCUCCGCCUCUUUGGCUAUACUCAUGGGUUCUAUCCAGAAGAGAAUYCAGGGUUAUACCAUCAUCCAUUGCGAAUGAGAGGAAUAUUUUCCAUUUAAAUCGCUAUUCUCUACUUUCACAUCCCAAUAAUACUUUGCGUCUUUGGGGGGUAACCAGAGGGUAAAAACCCACUUAUUUUGCUGAAGGCUGAUCAGACAAUGUU